CGUAAUAUGCGGGUGCGCACCACCGAAACGGGGAAAAACUAUUAAACUAUUGCGAAAACUCUGAGAACCACGCAAGAUUCCUAACGAUUCCCACAGAGAAUUUCCGUUUGAAAACCCAGAAUGGCUUGUCUGCUUCCCAUUUUCUGCACUCUUCUUGUGUUUUCAGUAGGUUUUACCAGUAGUGUUACUUUCGUUGGCGAUAAUCCUGUUGUAGAGCUCUCCUUGGGCAAAAUACAAGGUGGUACAAUGCAGAGCUUCCAAGGCAAGACAAUAUACGCCUUUAGAGGGAUACGAUAUGCCCAACCUCCAGUGGGGCAACUUAGGUUCUCCAAUCCCCUUCCAGAAACCAUUUGGAGUGACGAGGUGCUCAAGGCCACAUCCGAUUCCCUGGUUUGCCCUCAACCAGGAAUUACUUUGCUCAUGAGUGAGGAUUGCCUCAAACUAAACGUUUUUACAAAAAACUUUGAGGAAAAGAUACCAGUGAUCGUAUACAUCCAUGGAGGAGCCAAUGUCCUGGGCAGUGGACAUAGUAUCUACGAAGCAGGUCCUCAGUAUUUGCUAGAUCACGAUGUUGUUUUUGUAGCCUUCAACUAUCGUCUUGGAGCUCUCGGCUUUUUAAGCACCAACAGCAGCGAGUCGAAGGGAAACUUUGGCUACCUAGAUCAAGUGAUGGCUCUGGAAUGGGUUAGAGAUCACAUAACCCACUUUGGUGGUGAUCCUGAGAUGGUGACUAUUUUGGGUAUGAGUGCUGGCUCAAUGGCAGUCAGUCUACACCUGGCCUCGCCCCUUUCCGCCGGACUUUUCCAUCGGGCAAUCCUCAUGAGCGGUUCGGUCACCAAUCACUUUGAUAUCGAUAACCUUUUUUGGACACGUAAACUGGCUCGUGAACUGGGUUGUCCAAUGUACGAUCCCACGGAUCUGGUGGAGUGCCUCCGUAAUGAGACCUGGCCACGCAUUGUGGAAAUCUGCAAGGCAUGGGAAACAUAUCAGUUUGUUAACAUGAAGUGGAACUACGAGAUCGACGGAUACUUUUUACCCAGGCAUCCCACGGAACUUAUCGAGGAAGGAAACUUUAACAAGGUGCCUUUGCUGACCAGUUACACGGCCAACGAAUUGGACUACACCGUUAAUGUUCACCUGGAAAAUGAGCUUUUGCUCCAUGAUCUUGGCUCAAACUUUGUGGAAUACGCUCCGGAGUUGAUUCUCUAUAGAAAAAAUUCGAUAAUAAGUCAACGACUCAAGGAUUUUUAUCUAGGCAAUAAUAUUAGUGGAAUCAAUACGGAAAACAUUGAAAACUUUGGACAGAUCUUUUCCGAUGGUAUCAUAGGCCAUGGUGUGCAUCGCCUAGUUCACCUGGCUAGACACUACACUCCAGUUUAUUAUAUGCGCACGGAUUACGUUGGUGAUCGAAGUAUGUCAGCUCCUUUGGGCAAGGAUCAAAAACCCUUGGGAGUGGGUCAUGCGGAUGAUCUGCAGUAUGUGAUGCCGGGACUUUGGUAUGGCACCAUAAUGCCAGAAGGUCAUCCGGAUAUUUUCAUGAUGGAGCGUUUAACCAGCUGGUUUACACAAUUUGCGAGAACGGGGACACCCCUAAACACCACUGAUAUCUGGCCGCCCUGCAACUCAACGGACCUGAAGAUGCUCUACAACGGGGUGGUGACCCAGGUGGGUUCGCCCGGCUAUUCCGAUCGAUAUGCCGUCUGGGAUGAACUGUUUCCCACGCCCGCCGGGAGCGGAGGCGCUGCCUGGAAACCCAGUUUCGUAGUGGCCAUCGCCACUGGUGUGGCCUCCCGGCUCAUCGGAAAAUUAAUGUAGCAAUUAGGUGUGGAAAAAGCUUAUCAAUAGGCCGUUUAGAUUACGCUAAUGACCUUCGCUCUUGGCUCGCUCUUCGCCGGGCAAGCAUUGCAACUAUUUACUUUGAUUAAUUAAUCAACAAAGGCGUGAGAUUUUCUCCGUUUCGCCUUGGGGCAAUUAGUCUUUGGCCUGAAGCUGAUUGGGGCAGCUUAAAUACACAUUAAUUUGUCUUUAAAUG